AUGCAUUCUGAGGCGGACAUCAUCGAAAUCCUCGCUACAUUCAUCACGAGCGGUACUUUUUGGACAAAGUCCAACCCGGCUUAUAAAUCCGUGAGGAGCGGAUAUAACAGUGCUAUUGCCGACGAACCCCUCGCGAUUGCUCGACCUGCAACUGAAGAUGAGGUUUUGCAGCUAGUGAAACAAUGCUCUCUGAGAGGGAUCCCCCUCACUGUCCGAUCGGGCGGACAUGACUUCUUUGGUCGUUCUUGUAUCCAGGAUGGAAUUGUGAUAGAUAUGCGGGGCUUCAAUUUCAUCACUGUAAGCCCAGAUCGAACGAGCGUUCGAGUUGGUGGUGGUGUUCUAGCAGGCACAUUGCAAGAUGUUCUACACUCUCACUGUCUAUUCACGCCAACAGGUCAGUCAAAGUCUGUCGGGUACAUCUCCUGGGCAUGUGGUGGUGGGUAUGGAUUCUACGUUGGUAAAUAUGGGUUUGGGGUUGACCAAAUCCUCGGAGCACGGGUCAUCGUCGCCAGCGGUACUAUAGUCGACACGGAUGAUGACCCCGAAUUGUUAUGGGCCCUUCGAGGUGCCGGGGCAGGAAGCUUUGGUGUCGUGGUGGAACUACGAGUCAAAGUGUAUCCAGAGCCUCAAAUCCUUGCUGGUUACCUAGCAUACCCACUCAGCGAGGCCACGGCAGUCCUGAACAGCCUCGAAUUGGCCUCGGAGGGAGAGCAGCCAGAUGCCUUCAGUGGUGAUAUGAUUGUGGUACAUCCUGGCAUGCUAGAAAUCCCCUUGUUCCAACCGGCCUUGGUAUUCCUCUGGUGUUGGACUGCCGAGGAUGGGGAUAUGACCGCUGCUAAUUUGUUCCUUGAAAAAACCACUAAGUUCGGUACAAUUUUGGUGAACACGGUGAAAAAAACGGAUCCAGCUUCUUUUGGGCUCGGCGGCGGUCCUGCAGCCUGCUUUUUUCGUAGUCGAAAUGUCCGCUGCCUCGACGCCCAGUUGGGCGCAAUAUUUACAAAACACCCGCCCAGCCAAACGUUAUCCGCCAUUGUCAUCCACAACAAUCACGGCAAGGGGACAAGGAAUGGCAAUGAAGAUGGAGUAGGGGCGUCCUUUUCCAAUCGCCAGUCACAUGUGAUUCUGGGGCUCCAUGGCGGGACUCUGUCUGCCUCCUCAAAUGAAGCACAAGCCGAAGCGAAGGCGUGGGUCCUGCGACUGCAUGAUGAGAUCGACAGGCAGCAAAUUGCAUUGAAAGGCGGGUUUCCGAGCUUUUACCACCCUGAUCAAGUUGACUUGAACACAUUCUUCGGUCAAGCUACAGCCAAGAGGUUGAAAUCUUUUAAACAAAGGAUUGACCCGAAAGAUUUCUUUCGACAGGGCUCUCUGAGUUCCUUGGACUUC